UAGGAUGUUUGACUAUGAAAUUAAAUGUUGUUAAAUAUGCUAAUUUAUUUAUUGGCGUUGAAUUUUAUUAUAAAACAUUUGCUAUUUAUUAUACUUUAGGAUUAAAUGGUUUAAAGGGGUGGAAAUGUAUCUUGUUAAUUUCACAAUGUAUUUAUCUUGUUCAUUUCAGAUAGUAAUAGAUGUGUUUCUGUUUGUUUUGAGGUUUUUCACCUAUGUGGUUGGACUACAAAAAUUAUGAAAAUAAAGAUGGUCUAACUAAAAUGAAGACUCCGUGAGUGAAAUCCAGUUAUGUUCCACAGUAGAGACCUAUCCUUUUCAAGUGGAGAUCGCACAGUAAAUUAAACCUAACAGAACUUGACAAAAGCACCUGCAAGUUUUGUUGCUUUUGAAAUUCGUCUUGGCUGUAUUUGUUAUUAGUUGUAUUGUAUAGUUAGUUGCCUGCACCUUGAAAACUCUGGAUCUCAACCAGCCUAACUUGGAUUAAUAUAAAUAAUAUAAUGAUCUUUAUAAAAAGCUUUUUCUGCUAUAAAUUUCUACAAUGGUAAUAAUUUUUUUCUCUGAGGAACGCAGCAGAAAUGGAGCCCAGAAAGCCAGCGAUAAAGCUUCUUGCAGUCAAGAUAUUUUAUUGGUAUUUAUGUGUAUGUAACGAUUUAGCGCAUGCAUAUGAAGAAACAUCCCAUAUGGGGAAAAUGAUGAACAAUGUGAAGCACUAUAAAUUGCAGAGGAUUGAGGAUAAGCCAACAUUAGCAUGAGAGCAGAAGGGUGAGUGCGGAAAUAAAUACAGGAUUAUCAAAGAACUCGCAUACAUGGGUGGAAAAUAGUGGCAGGCUCAUAUCAGACACAAUGUGAGGAGUGCCAGUGAUACACCUCUGCUAAAUAUAUAACUGAAUAUUUAGAUCUAUUUUCUAUAUAGGGUCAAUUAAAGAACAUUUCCCACUGAUAUGCUUCGUUGUGAAUGAAAAUGUGCACAAUCUGGAGAAUGAAUAAAAUCCGGUCAAUUCAGAAUAAAGUGAGUGAUGGAUGUAAAUAAAAGAGGAGGGGUAAAGCAUGGAGAGUGUAGGGGAUGAGAGGAGGAGCAAAGGCAGCGGGGGGAUAUACCUCAGAUUAUGAUUUGGUGUCAGAUGCUGUAGUGACAGAUAAAGAGGAGGACAGAACGAGAGACCGAGGCGCAGGGAGAGCAAAAUAAAGACGUCUCUGUGGUUCAGCUGGACUGCAAAAAUGACUGAGAUGAAAAGGGUACAGUCGAUGGACGUGCAGGAGGGGAAGCUAAUAAAGAAGGGUUCCAUUAAGAAAAAGAUUGAAUCCUUCAGACGGUGGAGUUCAGCAAGCAUAAAGAGGCCACCAAAGCCCAAAGCCAAGACCCUGAGUCUGUCCUCCCCUGAUGGAGACCCUGAAGAUCUCUGGUUGCCAGAAGGAGACAAGAGAAAGCUGCGCCCCAUUGUGGCUUCCGUCUUUGGACAGGACAGAGACCUACGACCAGAGGAAAUGGAAGAACUGCGUGAAGCCUUCAGAGAGUUUGACAAAGACAAAGAUGGCUUCAUCAGCUAUAAGGACCUGGGAGAGUGCAUGAGGACUAUGGGAUACAUGCCGACUGAAAUGGAGCUUAUUGAGCUAAGCCAGCAGAUCUGCGGUGGCAGAGUGGACUUUGAGGACUUUGUGGAACUGAUGGGCCCCAAAAUGCUUGCUGAGACUGCAGACAUGAUUGGAGUAAAAGAGUUAAGAGAUGCCUUCAGAGAGUUUGACUCGGACGGUGAUGGUCAGAUUAGCCUUGGAGAAUUAAAGGAAGCUAUGAAGAAACUGAUGGGAGAACAGCUGAACCACCGUGAGAUUGAUGAGAUCCUGCGAGACGUAGACCUCAAUGGAGACGGACAGGUGGACUUUGAAGAAUUCGUGCGAAUGAUGUCUCGCUGAAUCUCCUUCGAGUCUCGGUUUACUGAACUGAAACCAACAUGAACCAGACUGCGAACUGUUAAGUCUUCUCAUAUGUACAAAAAAAUUCUUGGUCUCUGUAAUUUUUCACUUGCCUCUCAGGUAGACCCAUUAGUUUAUUUAUCCAUUGUAAAAAUGUAUUACAGUAUGUGCGUAAUAGCAGGUUAUAGAUUAAUGACUCCAAGACUUGU